AUGGCAGAAGAUCAGACAGCCGCAGCAAUCAAGGAUGAGCAGCUGGCAGAGAAGAAGGGAGCAUCAUCCGCCAUCAAGUCUUUCUUGUCUGGCGGCUUUGGAGGCGUAUCAGCCGUGUUGGUAGGACAUCCUUUUGACCUGACAAAGACGCGUCUUCAGACGGCCGCCGAAGGCACCUACACGGGAGGCUUGGAUGUGGUGCGAAAGACGAUCAAGGCGGAUGGGGUCAAGGGAAUGUACAGAGGAAUGGGUCCUCCCCUCGUAGGUGUCACGCCCAUCUUUGCCAUCAGCUUUUUCAGCUACGAUUUGGGCAAGAAGAUAGUCUAUGGACUCACACCCGAUAGAAAAGAUCCCAAAUUGGGUUUGGGAGAAUUGGCUUUUGCUGGAUUCUUUAGUGCUGUACCUACCACCCUCGUUGCUGGACCGGCUGAGCGUGUCAAGGUGCUCUUGCAGGUGAGCCACCAAUUCUGCGCGGAGAUGAACGUAUCUCCUAGCCUGAUCGCAACACUCAUCAGCCUAUACCCAUAUGUCUACUCAAAUGUUCGCCUUUUGCCUUGAUUUCAGCUUCAAGGUCAAUCAGGAUCAUCAGGUCCUACUUACAACGGACCCGUAGAUGUGGUGCGCCAACUUUACAAGGAAGGAGGUUUGAAGAGCGUCUUUAGAGGCACAGCAGCCACGUUGGCUCGCGAUGGACCUGGUUCUGCUGCGUGAGUAGUGUGGUGUGCUGAUUGUUUUUCAGGCCUUUAAAGAGUGCUUGGGCUGCGGGCGAGAGGUGAUGCGAGCGCGCAGAGAGCUCCGCACACAAGGAGCUGCUCGGAUGGGCGGGAUCCUGAUUGGAAGAGGCAGGAGCAGAGCACCAUCUUGGUGGAAUUUUGACUCUUGUAGCAGGGACGGACUGGGCGCACCAUCGUUUGACCCCCCCUUGGUCUGCAUGGAUGAAAGCGUCGGGGUCUGUGGGGCCUUGGAACGUGCAACUGCUGCAUGUGACGCGAACGCGCAGUGCUCGGCGACCUUCAGCGAGAACUUCGGAACCAGAAACACAACGCUUUCGCCUCCCAGAUCCGUGCACGAUCGCCAUCGCCAGUGCAACCUCGUACUGACUGCUUGCGCUUCACCUUCAUACUACUUUGCCUACGCGAUGGGCGGACAGGUACUUUUGCGCUUAUGAGACCAUCAAGGCUGGUCUGACACCCAAGGGCCAGGACCCUAGUCAGCUCAACCUGCUCAAUGUUCUCACGGCUGGUGGUUUGGCUGGUAUGAGCAUGGUGAGUAUCUAACUCGGAAGACUAGGGGAAUGGAGCUCAUAGGAGAGUGCAAAAGCUGGCUGCUUUCUGGACACUUGUUGUGGAAAUUGGCUCGAGAGCUGCAACACGUGGUACAUGCUCCGCGAGAACGCGCAUGGACGCGAAGAGCAGAGUAUUCAAAAAGGGCGCGACGAAGGGCGUGGAGGACGCUUUGCUGCACGGCUAGAGGCCAGAGAAUCAACGCUGACGCACAUCACCUCUCUUUCCCUUCUCCCUCUCUACCUUGUCUCUCUACUGCGCUUGACAGUGGCUCGUCGCGAUUCCUCCCGACGUGGUCAAGUCUCGUUACCAAGGAGCGCCUCACGGUACUUACAACAGCUUCAUAGAUUGCGCGAGACAAACAAUCGCAAAGGAUGGAGUCAAGGCGCUUUUCAAGGGUGCUGGACCCGCCAUGCUGCGCGCUUGUGAGUCAGGAUAGGUCAUUCCUUUUGACCCACCCCCCCAUAAAGCCUCGAUUCUUGGUUAUUGCGGGCCAAAGUUGGCAAUUUGUGCAUCGGUGCUGAAAAUCCGACCUCUUCUUGCUUCCCUUGCCCAUAUCCAUCUUGCCCGCAGUCCCUGCCAACGCUGCCACUUUCGUGAGUGGAUCAGAGUCGGAUGGCGCAAUUGGGCGAAAGGGACGAAAGGCUGACAAUCUCCUUUACUCUCGCCUGCAUGAUCUUCACUCGCCCCUCUCCCAGCUCGGCGUCGAAGUUUCUCUCAAAGCCAUGAACAACCUCUUCUGA